AACCGUAACGAUGCCGACAACGCAGAUUAACACGUGAACAUUCCGCUAGUUUUUAGUUUGCCUGGGAUAAUUUUGUGUCAUUUUUAUGAGAAAAGACUCAGCGAUUCAGGAAUACUGUGAACCUUGGAGGCAGGGUUUGGAACAGGAUGAAACGGAUGAGGAUCAUGAGGAAAAUGGUCAAGAAGUCGAUCGUCGCUGGUGUGGUGGUACUGCUGGUGGCUUUGGUGUGUAUCUUCGUGGGCCUCAUUUUUGGAUUGGGAUAUAAGAGGAGCCACUUUUCUUCAUCAGACCACUUCUACUCAAAGGCUGCUGUGGCUGCAGAUGCAGGGAAAUGCUCCGAGAUUGGGAGGGACAUCCUAAAGAGGAACGGCUCAGCAGUGGAUGCCUCUAUCGCUGCCCUGCUGUGCGUAGGGCUCAUGAACGCUCACAGCAUGGGAAUCGGAGGGGGGCUCUUCUUCACCAUCUAUAAUGCAUCCACAGGAAAGGUAGAAACCAUCGAUGCAAGGGAGACAGCACCCAUGAACGCAACAGAAGAUAUGUUUGGCAAUAAUACCCAGCUAUCCCGGAAAGGUGGGCUGUCCAUUGCUAUUCCCGGGGAGAUCCGCGGUUAUGAGAUGGCGCACAAACGCCAUGGAAGGCUACCCUGGGCGGAGCUGUUUGAGCCCAGCAUCGCAUUGGCACGCAACGGCUUCCCCAUCGGCAAAGCACUGGCCAAAGCCAUGGCCUCGAACCGGGACGCCAUCUUGAGCGAUACGGCCUUUUGUGAAGUGUUUUGUGACAUGCACAAAAACCUCCUGAAGGAAAAUGAUAUUAUAAAAUUUCCCAAACUAGCUGACACCUACCAAAGGAUAGCAGCAGAGGGGCCCGAUGUUUUCUACAAUGGGACUAUGGCUCGCAGUAUUGUGGCGGAAAUCCAGGCAGCAGGGGGAAUUAUAACGCUGGACGACCUGGCGGGCUACGAGCCCCAGCUAAACGAAAACCCACUCAAGCUCAAUGUGGGAGAGUACACUGUGCACGUUCCAGAUGCCCCCUCCAGCGGCCCUGUGCUUGCCCUCAUACUCAACAUUGUGGAUGGCUACAACUUCACGGGUAUGAGUGUCUCUACCUCUGAGAAGAAGACGCUCACAUAUCACCGCAUCGUGGAGGCCUUUCGCUUUGCCUACGCCAAGAGGAGCCGACUCGGUGACCCUCGCUUUCUUAACAUCACAGACCUCAUUUACAACAUGACCUCAGACUACUUCGCAGACAGAAUCAGGAGCAAAAUCACUGAUGACACCACUCACCCCGACAGCUACUACGAGCCGGAGUACUUUGUCCCUGACAACCACGGAACGGCCCACCUGUCCGUCAUAGCAGAAGAUGGCAGCGCCGUGGCGGCCACCAGCACUAUUAACCUGUAUUUUGGCUCUAAAGUUAUGUCUCGUUCGACUGGGAUCAUCUUCAACGAUGAGAUGGAUGACUUCAGUUCUCCCUAUAUAACCAAUGGAUUUGGGGUACCUCCAUCACCAAACAACUUCAUCCAGCCAGGUAAAAGGCCACUUUCAUCCAUGUGUCCAACCAUCAUUUUCGACAAACACAACAAAGUGAAGAUGGUGGUGGGAGCCUCUGGGGGCACCAUGAUCACGACCGCAACCGCUCUGGUGAUUCUCAAUUCGUUGUUCUUCAACUAUGACCUGAAAAAAGCAGUGACGGAACCCAGGGUCCACAACCAGCUCAACCCCAACAAGACUAUGGUGGAGGAGGACUUCGAGAAGAGUGUGCUGGAUGGCCUGGCUCAGAAAAACCAUGUGACAGAGCUGCACCAGACCCCAGGGUCGGUGGUCCAGGCCGUGGUUCGCCAGGGAGACCAUAUCUGUGCCGAAUCUGAUCCCAGGAAAGGUGGCUAUCCAGCAGGGUACUGAUCACUGAGAGAUUGGCAUCAUUCAUCCUCAGUCCCCCACAUCUGGGGCCACAGAGCAACGAGGAAGAGCCAUGAACAAGCACAGCCAGAGGAAGAACCAUUCCCCCUUUUUAUAAGCGAUGCCCCAAGUGCCUUAGAGGGAGAUCUGAUUGUGGCCUCCUCAAGGAGAGCCAGCCAUUCUCUUGCUCCAUGUUUAGCCUGUUUUACUUCACCUGGGGUUAAACAUAAUAACUCAGUUUCCAUUUCAAUACCUCUCAUUUUCAUAACUGAAAUUGUUAUUUCAAAGUGUUAUUUUUUUGUCAGCAUUAUUUAUUAUCAAUUUUGUGUUUUUGAAAAACGAAGUGAGAUUGCAAGGCCGGGAGUGGCAUUUUUGAAUCCUAGCCUUGUAUCAAGAGACAAAUCAUCAUCAUUAUAAGUCAUGAGAAACCAUAUUUGUAGGUGACGUUGUAGACAUGUUUGCCAACAACAGUUUCUUCCUGGAAAUAUCAAAAGAUCUUGGGAGGUGUGAUAGAUUUUGUGUGAUCAUUUCUACUUCAUUACAUACAAUCAACACCAGCCCAAUAUCUGCUUGGUGAUUACAGGGAAUAAAUUGUGUAUGUAUACAUUCACAAAAACAAAAUGAAAAGUGAGAUCAGUACUCAACAGACACUGUGAACAGAGAGAGUUUUUUAAUCAAACAGAGAUGGUUAUUCAGAGAUGAAAGGGGAAACAUUAACAGUCAGUCCACUAUUUUUUAUAUAUGGGUUGAUUGUCAACUGUCUUCUUUCUUUCUUUCGAAUAUGGCCAACAGAUUUGUUACAUUUUUCAUAUAAUAAAAUAAUAAAGGAAGAAAAAUAAAGGUAUAAAUGAAGCCUUGUCUCUAUCAUCUGUGAUCAUAUGCAAUAGCAUGGCUGAUUAGUGCAAGACUCAUUAUCUUCAUUCCGAGGUCUACUAUCUUCUUUUUUUAUGGAUUUCAUUUACAAUUUUGUUUUCAUCCGAGAAAACAAGAUGAUGCAUUUUCACCCCACAGCUAUGACCAGACUAUCUGCGGAAUUCUCUUUUCCCUCUUCUCAUUGAACAUUCAAUGAAAAUCUCAUUGAAAAUGAGAUUGGACUGGAAAUCUACAGAUUUUUUUGGUUGAGCUAUGGGUUUGAGGGAUAUGUGUGACUUUUACACCGACAGUCUCCCAGUGAGUUCCAUUGGGAAACUAUUUUAUCUAAUGAUAUUUUUCUAUUUCUUCAUGAUGCCAUGUGUAGACUGAGACAAACUUAAAAAAUAGUUUAUUAAUGUUUAAUAUCAAGUAAGACUGAAGAGGUAAAUGUAUAGUACAUUUUAAGACAUUUGCAUAUAUAUUUUUUAUACAUUGUUCUCAUGCCUAGCUUGUUAUUAAACAUUUUAUAAAACA